AUCAGCAGUGUUUACACCGAACAGCUUGUUGUACCGAAUUUAUUGGAUCAACCAAAUCUUAGGUUAAAGUGUCAAGAUCUGUUAUCUCGACAGUACAAAGUUACACGUUUUUAUUCAAGCAUUUUAAAAUACAGUAUACAUAUAAUGUUAAAUCUCAACAUCUUAUCAAAAACUCUAUCGUUAUGAUGUGAGUCAAGAUCCUGUUGCCGACUGCAAUGCGGAUAAAGAACUUCUGCACGUUGAUGCUUGUUUCAAUAUUUACCUAUGCUACAGUCUACUAUUUUAUGAGCACUGUGGAACAAUCACGUCCCCGUCAAACUUUAACGCCUGAAACUCAGGACAAACUUACGAAGUUGGAAAGUGAAAUCCUGUCUGAAAAGAAGUCCACUCAACUGCUUAUUCAAAAAUUGGAAUCUUUUAUCCAGACCCACUGGGAAGAGAAAACGUUGCAUGAAAACCUACAAAAUGCUGUUGAUGAAAACUCCAAGGAAGCUGAUGAAAUACAAAAGAGAAAGCUGCAGCAGAUUUUGGCCCACCCUGUGGCAGCAAUCGCUGUGCUGGUGUUUGCCUGUAACCGUGUGACUGUCACGCGCUGCCUGGACCAGCUGAUCAAGUAUCGGCCGGACUCUCGGCUGUUCCCCAUCAUAGUCAGUCAAGACUGUCAGCAUGAGCCGACAGCCAGGGCCAUUCAGAGUUACGGUGACCAGGUCUACCAUAUCCAGCAACCGGACCAGAGUGAUAUCCAAGUACCGCCAAAGGAGAAGAAGUUCAAGGGUUAUUUUAAAAUAGCUCGUCACUACGGAUGGGCUCUCAACCAAACGUUCAACACCUACAAUUUCAGUACUGUACUUAUCAUAGAAGAUGAUUUAGACGUAUCUCCUGACAUAUACGAAUACUUCCUGGGUACACUUCCCCUGCUGCAGGCUGACCCGACACUGUGGUGUGUGUCUGCUUGGAACGACAAUGGCAAGAUCGGUCUAGUCGACAAGACCGCACAUGACACUAUCUACAGGACUGACUUCUUUCCUGGGCUCGGGUGGAUGCUCACCAAAUCCCUUUGGGCCGAGCUUUCUGUCAAGUGGCCAGCUAGUUACUGGGAUGAUUGGAUACGACAGCCGCAGCAAAGAAAAAAUCGAGCUUGCAUUCGCCCUGAGAUCUCGCGUACCAGAACUUUCGGUAAAAUUGGUGUAAGCAAUGGCCUUUUCUAUGAAAAGUAUUUGAAAUUCAUUCAUCUCAACGAUCAGUUUGUGCCUUUUACCAAGAAAAACUUGACAUUCCUCUUGAAGGACAAUUAUGACGUACAGUUUGUACGGUCUGUAUACAAUAGCCGAGUGAUCUCAUAUCAAGAGCUCAAGUCUGGAAGCAUAUUCUUCGAGGGUCCAGUACGAAUACCCUACCAUACCAAGGAUGAGUACAGGAGGGCAGCCAAAAAUCUGGGUUUAAUGGACGAUUUCAGGAGUGGUGUGCCUCGCACUGGCUACAGAGGCAUAGUGACGUUCUUCUACAACAAGCGAAGAGUGUACCUGGCACCUUAUGCCAACUGGAAGGGCUAUGACCUGACGUGGAGCUAACACCACUUAGACUUCUAGCCAACUCUGCUCUCUGCAACGGUUCCACUAUUUAUCCUGUAGCUAUCAACUUAAUAUAAAAUGAGUAAGAUUGAUCACGGUACAAUGUAUUUUUAACGGAACAUAAUAUUAGAGAUAAGUUAUUUAAUUUGUUUUUCAAAACUUUUGUUUUGCCUUUAUUAUUAUGAAAAAACCCAAGAAAGUCAAGUUUAAACCCUUGGCUGCCAAGCAAGUAAAUCACUUUUAAUUUAAAAUUAGUAAUUCAGAUCUUUUUAUUUUUCAUGUGUAUUGGAUACUAAGGUAGCAAAGCAUGUAGUACGUUUUUGAUUAUGAAACUAAAGAUUGUAUAAUACUAUAAAUAUUUAUAAAAUGUUAUAAAUGCUGCUGAAAAAUGUGGUUACACGCAGUAUAAAGGGACAAAUGUAUAUGUGUAUAUAUAUGUAUACACACAAGUGUGUGUGUGUGUUUGUGUGCUGAUUAUUUUUCUUUAACAAGUUUUGGGGCUGGAAAAAUAUGUUAUGGGCAUUCAUACCAAAUUUACUUUGAUUGCUCGUUAAAAUAAAAUCAUAAAAAUAUUAAUUGUUAAGUUUGUUAUUUUUAUGUUAUUUAUAGUAUUAUUCUGUGUUAUUAUUGAUGAAGGAUGAGUUAAGGGAUGACAGACAUUACCAUCAUGAUAAGUUAAAGAACUGAACACUGUGUUGGGAGAGCUGGCCUCUCUACCUUCAUCUUCAGGGGUUAAACUGUGAAACAUAAUGGUUAACAAAUGAAGGAGAACGGCACUGAAAUACACUUAAACUCAAGUAUUAUAAAGUGAAAGUUGUGUGUUAAGAUCUUCCUGAAACUCCAAAAUGGAAGUAUGAAACACAAAACACAAAACAUUCCUGUAGCAUGCUGUGUGAAUGGUCUGUUUGUGUUUCGUAUUUUUUACGGUUGCUUUUCAGUACUCACAACUUUUCUGUUACGUAUUACACACCAUAUCGGCAAGUAUGUUUCAGGGUUUCACACCUAAAGAGCACGUAACAUUUCUAUAAACGUUUACGUUCAGUUUUUACAUAAUAUUUAAAAAUGGCAAAUGUCUGUUGUGUCAUCUCUUUGUGUGUUAUGUGUUUAUUAGAUUUUAACUGUUCAUUGUGCUGUACUCUGGAAAUUGUAAACAACUUAUUUCACUAGGUUUAUGUUCAGAGUAAGAUAUCAUUCAGAAGCCGUUUAUUAUAUAUUGUCUACAUUUGAGUUGAGGAUCUGGUGAAAUUUCCAUACCAACGUUAUGUUUCUGGUUGAACGAAAUGUUACGAAACUAAAUAAUAAAAGUUACCAAAUCUUUAUUUUGGGGAGGGGAAAAUUUCUAACAGUUUCUCAACUAUCCAGUACUUAUUUAACAUGUAAAUACAGAUAAAGAUAAUCAAAAAUGUGUUUUAUGAUUUAAAGAUUGUUCCUAAAUUACAGAUUACGGAUUGGGUUAUUGUAUUGUAAACAUGUACUAUAUUCAUUAACUCCAGCUGACAUGUUUAUUAUCUAAUGUUAUGAACUUUUGUUAAGCAGGUGUACUGAUAAUAAAAACUGACACAGACAGAACGUUGACCCUAUUCAAAUUUAUUUUGAUUUGCUUAUUUUGUUCACUCAUGGAGUCAUCAAAAGACACUCAGUUUUGCUUCCUGAUUCCUGUGCCUGAGGAUGAUUCCUGUUAUAAGUCUAAAUUUUUGGAAGCCAGUGAACGAACUUUUCAGCCUUUACAUCUUUCA